CUUUAUAUUACUCUUCAAUUACUAAUUAGUCUGGCUAAAGGUAUAAAUAAUCAGUUCCAUUUUAUUCCAUUCUAAGUUCUUCGCCGCGAUGGCAGACGACGUUAAUUUGUAAGUACUUGAUUAGGGAAAAACCCACAAGCUGUGGCCAAGAAUCCCAAUGUUCAGCUUCACAGGAAGACGAUUCCAUAAACCACAAUCUCCAUUUAGUAAAAAUCUAGCAAUUUACACCUGAUCGACAAAAGAUGCCCAGGAAGGUUCACAACCCUACAAUCACUAUAAACCUACAACCCAGUACUUUGCCACUCUAUAGUCUGGUGGCUACGGUGGCUAUAGCCUGCUAUGUCAACGGCCUCAACGGCAACUUCGUGCAUGAUGAUAUACCUGCAUUGACAGUUAAUAAAGACGUACUGGCGAUAAAUAAACUUAGAAACAUCUUUCUGAAUGACUUUUGGGGAACUCCUAUGGCAGAUGCUAAUAGCCAUAAGUCUUAUAGGCCUUUGACGACUUUAAGUUUUAGAUGGAACUACCAGCUGUUUGGAUUGAAGCCACUGUGUUUUCAUUUAACGAAUGUACUUCUUCACGCACUAGCUUCAGUACUAUUUACAAAACUGUGCAUUUGUGUAGCCUCUUUGAGACCUCCGUUCUCGGCUAUUGCUGGACUAAUUUUUGCGGUACACCCCAUACACACCGAAGCGGUUACUGGAAUUGUAGGUCGUGCUGAUGUGUUAGCCUGUGUCUUCUUUUUAAUAUCAAUUCUGUUAUACCAUAGUGACUCAGAAAGAUGCUACCUAAAAACGAGCAUCUUUUUAGCCGGAUUUAGCAUGUUGGCGAAAGAAACAGGGGUCACAGUAUUUCUGCUUAAUUUAGCUCUUGAUUUCUACUUCAGUUGGUCCCACUUAAAACGGUCUUCAGGCUACCUCAGGUGGAAUGGCGAAACGUUUCGGUUUGUUAAUCGAAUUGCCAAAGUUCUUGCUUCGUUUGGAGUCCUAUUGUCACUUCGACUGGCGAUGUUACAGGGAUCGUUCCCCAAAUUUUCUCAACAAGAUAAUCCAGCUGCUUUCCAUCCGUCUAUGUGUGUACGGUUUUUGACGUACAGCUACUUAGUAGCCUUCAACUUUUGGUUGCUAUUAUGCCCGUGUACAUUAUCACACGACUGGCAGAUGGGUUCCAUACCAUUAAUUACAUCAGUCAAUGAUUCCAGAAAUAUUUUAACAGUAUUUAUUUUUGGUAUGCUGCUUCUUUUUAUAUUAAAAGUGGUAACGAACGUUGAGGGUCAAACACAUACACCAAUAGUUUUAGGUUUAUUACUUCUCACAGUGCCUUUUUUACCUGCUACAAAUUUGUUGGUAACAGUAGGCUUCGUUGUAGCAGAGAGAGUUCUUUAUAUUCCAAGUUUAGGUUUUAUAUUACUGGUAGUUUAUGGAUUACAAAUAAUUUGGACUAAAUAUUCGAGACAAAGACAGACUAUAUCUGUCUUACUACUAUUAUUUUUGGUAACACAGAGUUUAAGAACCAUCAUGAGAAACAGAGAUUGGAGAUCUCGUGAGUGGUUGUUGAGAUCAGGUUUAAAAACUCUACCUCACAAUGCAAAGAUGCAUUAUAAUUAUGCCAAUUUUUUACGAGAUUCUUCUCAACAAGAGUUAGCUAAAACCCAUUACUACAAAGCGAUAGAACUUUGGCCUACUUAUGCCAGCGCACACAAUAAUUUAGGUACUUUAUUGAAUAAUAAGUCAGAAGCAGAAGAACACUUCUUAUCGGCUAUAAAUUAUUCUUCGGAUCAUAUUAAUGCCCAUUAUAAUUUAGGCCAGCUAUACAGAAAAUUGUCAAGACUGGAAGAUUCAGAAGAAAUGUUAAAAAAGUGCAUUUCACUGGAACCUGCCUUUACACCGGCUUACGUGGAAAUGUCAAAAUUAUUAGGAUCUGACCACGACGACUUGUAUAAACUACUCAAGUCUGCGGUUGAGCUUUCUCCAAAUGACCCAUUUUAUGGGACGCAAUUAGGGCAUUUACUUACUAGAAAAGGUAAUUAUCAACAGGCUAUUUACUAUUAUUGGAAAGCAUUAAGAGUAUCACCCAGUCACUACGACGCAAUUAUUGGAACUGCAAAUGUAUUACGGAAAUUUGGCCAAAAAUCAAGACUUUUUCAAUUACUUACAAGAUGGCAGUUAAUAAGGAAAGGCAAGGCUCUCUUAAAAGUGCACGUAUAUUUGCAAGAGUGGCAGCUCAGAACAGAGCUAAACAUAAGAGCGAAGGAAUAUGACAGCAGUAUUAUAUAUAAACAGAAAAAUACCAUUUCGAAUUCUUCAAGACUAGAUGAUAAGACAGACCGAUGGUACAACAACUCCCACAAAACUGCAUUGACUUCAUCCCAUCUCAUGUUAGACCAUUUACUUGAUACAUCGUAAAAGACACGUACUAAUGAAUUCUAUUUAGCACCAAGUUUUACAUUGGCAAUAAAUCAACAGUACCUACCUACUGUGUACGAAACUGGUAAAAUGUUUAUACGAAAUAUUAAGUUUGAAAUGAUUUAUCUUAUAAAAUUUUACUUAAGUUGAAAAUGAAAGAUUUAUUUGUUAUUAAGAUAAGAUAUAGAGUAAGUUUCUAUAUAUUAAACAUUUUUUUAUAUUUAUUUACAUUAACAAUAAAAAAUUACCAAUA